CCAGACAAAAAUUUUUCUGGGAGAAGACAGAUCCUGAUCGGAAGGAGGGAUCCCACCCACGGGAUCAAGCUUCAUUCGUCUGUUUAGGAAGUUACCUAAGCAAACCCAGAAAAUGUUUCCUUCUCCUUAAGCUGCUGUUGCACUCUGCCAGAUCAUCACUCUCGAACCAGCCCUUCAACACCAACGACGGAGGCAGUGCUCUCGACAACCAACCUCCCCAAAGAAAACCAGCUCUCCCUUCUUCGAAAUCUCCCUCUAGUGCUCUCAAGAACCAGACAGAGACUCCCCAAAUCAACUCCGAAAAUCAACCAUAGACCCAGACCUCUCAAAUCCAAACUCCAAAAUCAACUAUGCUUUUGCUUUAUAUAUACACCCAACUGAUAAAAUAAAAAUAAAAAUGAACUAAAAAAAAAAAACCUUGCUCUGUCAAUCACCAAUGAUGCUAAUGUCGUCUGGUAUUGUUGUUUUUUCUGUAUGGCUGUAGCGUGCAGGAGGCAGAGGCGCGGGACAACAAGCAGGGGCGUGGAGGGGUUGCGCGAUUGGGGCACAGGCGGGGUCUGGGCUUGGGCAGAGGAAGGUGCAGGCGCGCAGGGGCUAGGGCGUGUAGGUGUGCAAAAGGGGGGGUGUAGUCAUGCAUGAUUGCCGGUGAUGGCUGACGGGGGGCGCCGGCUGGUUUGGGGAGGAAGCUGUUGGCUGCUGGAGGAAGAUUCGAGAGAUGAGACAGAAAAGGCCGAAAGUGAGGGUGAGGAAGAAGACUUUGGCAUCUUUGGCUCUUUUUUUUUUUUUUUUUGGGUUUGGGUUUUGGUUUUGGAUUUGGGAUUUUGGGCUUGGGUAGUUGGUAGGCUUUGGGUUUUUGGGUAAUUGGAUUUGAGUUUGGGUUUUGGAGUGGGCUUUGGGUUUUUUGAGUUUUUGGUUUUUGUCUUCAAUGCAUUUUACCCUUCAACUUUUCAUCUCUUCAAUUAAGUCCCUUGUUUUAA